GACGAGCCUUCUACCGUACCUGCCGCGUGCAUGCAUUCAUGCCGCCAUUGCCGGCGGCGGCGGCGACGGACUAGGGUUUGGCUCGCUCUCACUAGUCAUCACUACCGCAUAUAUAGAGCUAGAGUAUAUAUAUGAGAGCAUUGCAUUUUGUAGCAAUAAUAUUGGUGGUUACUUGUUACGUACGUAUUUAGCAAGAUCUCAUGGUGAUUUUGGAGGAUGAUGAUGAGUUUGUUGGGUUAAUUGCAAGGAGGAAACCCUAACCCUAGCUUGCUGUGGUUUAAUUGCUGUUAAUCUUAGCUGCUUGGAUGGAUGGAUGGUUGGUUGAUUAAUACUCUCUUGUUGAUUUGAGGCGUUCAGUUCAUAUAUAGCCUUGCAUGCAUGGAAUGGCGGCAAGUGAAGGGGUUGGCCUUUAGGCUUGGUUAGGCUAGCAAUUGCUUCAAAUCGGCUUUGCUAUAUAUAUCUAUUUCUUCUUUCAUUUGUUUCUCUCGGUAGCUCAUGUGAGCAUUCUAUAUUUCUAUAUACAUAGUUUAAUUACUAAGGAGAUUUUUUUGUCUAUUUUUGUUGGAGACCGACCUAUUGCAUUGUUAUUGUUAUUUGUUAAUAAUUUUGAUGUGAGAGAUCCUGUUACUCUAGAUUGUCCUUCUUCUCGAUACAUAUUUAUUUGAGAGAGGUUUUGUUUAAGUUGGACGUGUGAUCUUGCAGAAUGUCCUCCUCUGACCGUUCUUCAUUUUUAUUCAUGUGUCAUGCACUACCGGAAAACCGGACGUUGCCGUGUGCCCUCAUGUUUGCCGUGAGCAAUACGUCGGGCACACGGCAAAGAGGCGAUUUGCCGUGUGCCACCCAGGCCAACACACGUCAAACAUUCGGCACUCGGCGUUUACGUCCUUCGCCGUGUGCUAAACAGAAGAGCACACGGUGAAAUCAAUAGAUUUGCCGUGUGCCGAAGAAAAACACACGGCGAAAGUUAAACACACGGUGAAGGAGCUAUUUGCCGUGUGCUAGCACGGGGCUCACAGCAAAAUUCUGACGCCGUCGGCCACCGUUGGCUGCCGUCAACUCUUUGCCGUGUGCCGUCGUGACGUACCACGCCCAGUACCUUUUUCGGAAGGUGACCAAGGAACAAGCGAGAACCAUGUCGCUGACCAAGGAAGAAUACAUGAAGGUUCCUCCGUGGUGGUGCAAUACGAAAAUCCAGUGCUGGGAGAUGAUGGUGGACAGGUGGUUCGACCCUGAGUGGCAGGAGGCGCACAAUCAAGGCAGGGAGCGGCGCGCCAUGAUGCAAGGUCCAUCGCACCAUCAAGGCAGUCUUAGCCUUGAUGCAUGGAAAGCUAAAUGGUCGAAUGCACAUGGUGGUGAGCAAAUUACCAACUUCCAGGCGUAUGCUAUGGGGCACCAGACCAAGUACUCGACAGCCGCUCGCUAUGACCCAGCUGCCCCCGCUUCGUCGUACAGCAACCCCUCCGUCCACGCACGCCUCACUCAGUACAUAGAGACGGCAAAGGAGGUAUAUGGGCCAGAGUACGAUCCCGCCACCCACGACAUUGAUGGAGAAGUCGUCAUGAGGGCGGGAGGAGGAAAGGUUCGUGGCCGGUACAUGAUUGGCCACGGCAGCUUGGAUUCUGGCGAGGUUCCUAGCCUAUCCCAGAUCCGAGCAAGGAGCACAGGCACGAGCGCGCCCAUACGCCAACGACCAAACACUACGAUGAACAUUGUGGCGGACCUCCAGGAGCGGCUGGCAGAAUCGGAGAGGCAAAGGGACGAAGAAAGGAUAAGGAGGGAGGAAGAAGCGCAGGCUAUGCAAGCCAGGAUGAAUGCAAUGUACGAGUACUUGCAAAACCUUGCACCUGCUAUUGGUCAACCUCCUCCGCCAGCUAUGUUGUUCCAACCUCAAACUCCUCCUUUCAGCACUCCUAAUCAGUCGGCGGCGUCAAACAAUCCACCUCCUGGGCAACAAGGGGAACAAGGUGGACCGUCGAGGUAGGUGGAUGAUGGACUUUGUGAUGGUUGUGAUAAUGGACUUGUGAAGGAUGUGAUGUACUUGUGAAUGAUUUGUGAUGGUUAUGGACAUUUGAAGGAUGGAUUGUUAUGGAUUUGUUCGGAUUUGUGAUAUAUAUGUCGUAUGUGAGCUCUAAAUGUUAUUUGUGAUAUAAAUGUGAUCUGUGA